CCAUCCCACUCAACAGCUUACGUAACGAAGAUUUUUCUCAGAUGGCUCCUGAGAUUGAUGAUUUUAGCAAGGACGCUCACCACCACUUUGGACAGACAACGAUCGCGGAUCUGCCGCCCCCAAUCCGCCCAAAAAUGCAUCAGCAGGCUCUGCGAUCGGCCGGCAGCCGUAUAAAGCCUGAAGUCGUCGCCAUCAAGACAUGCAUCCGAACCUUUUCCACUACGCAAUUGCGCGCCGCAGACGAACCCUCCUCCGACAACAAGGGCAAUGGCAGCGUUGCCCCUUUCAAGAGAGGGCCCCUCUCGACCGGACGAGAGCGAUCCCGCGCCGCGUCUAGUGAGAUUGGCCAGCUUCUAAGAGGCGGACCCCGUUCCGGCGGAGCAAGCAACAAUGCGGCCGGCGGCGACGCGAAACCCAAUGUCGUCGGUAUCAGGACCCUGCCCAACCGCGGCGGCCUCGGCGGAACCAAUUUCGUGAAGUUGCCGCAGGCAUUCGGGCACGGCGGACGCGGCGGACGCAACCUCCCCUCGGGGUUCUCCGAAGGACCUAGCCGGGGCGGCUUCGGCGGCCGUGGACGUGGUGGCUUCGGUGGACGUGGUGGCUUCGGCGGACGAGGCGGCUUUGGGGCCCGUGGGGGAGGGACAAGAGGACGCGGAGGCCGUGGCGGCGGCGAAGGCCGUGGCGGCCGCGGCGGCCGAAAACCCACAAGAGAGGGCGAGGACUGGACCAACGAGGAGGAUAGGAAGGCCGACCGCGCCUCGGUGUACGAGCGCUUCUUCCGCCCCGAGACAGCGGAGGAGCACACCUACAUCCGGGCGCGCGACCAGAGGUUCCUGCCCGAGGCCUUCACCCCCUCCGUGAGCGUCGAGGGGCUGCUGGGGUUCACCCCGUCCUUGCCAGUAACCAGCGCAUCAUCUGCCGUCGCCGCGCCGGCCGCCGUCAUGCGAUCCCUCCGCGAUGUGGCGGGCGGUGCGCACUACACGCCCGACCACUGGUCCAACACGCAGCGCACGACAACGGAUCUUAUGCUCCAAGACAAGGGGACGUACUUCUUCAGCGACCUAGCCGAGAGAGACAAAUUCCUCGGGGACGUGCGGGCGGCGCCCGAGGACGAUGCGGCAACGAGCGCCAAGGUCAACGCCUUGCUGGCCACGAAGGUCGAGGAGGGCGCGAGCCAGGCCCUGCGGGAGUACAUCAUCGACCGCGUCGUCAAGGGACGGCAUGUGACACCCCAGUUCGUGGAGCGGGGCAGCCGGGACCCGGUGAACAUGGCGAGGGAGUCGCACCUGGUCAACGAAACAUACAGGGAGGUCGAUGGGCGCAAGUUUGACGGCAAGAUUGCGGCGUUGGUGGCCAAGGGUAUGCCUGCUGCUAGGGACAAGACCGCGAGUGCUUAAGGACCUUUCCAACACAAUUGUAACCACAUAAACGUAUGCAGUGGACGAGCGAGUCGAGGAAGACGAGCAUUGUAGGAUUAGAGGGGAGAGUUGAAAAAGACACAAAAAAAAGUUGUACAUUUA